AUGAAAGUAACCUUUAGCGUCAAGCGAUUCAACCCUGAAGAGGGCAGCAGAGCUCCUCAUUUCCAGUCAUACACUCUUGAUAUGGACGAAUCGUCCACUGUUCUCGAUGGUCUGAUACGCAUCCGUGAGGAGAUGGACGGCAGCCUGACUCUCAGAUGCUCAUGCCGAAGCGCGAUUUGCGGGUCUUGCGGGAUGCGAAUCAACGGACAGGCGGGACUUGCAUGCAACACGAAGGUCAUUGAUGUGAUGCGAGACGGCGCGCCCAUUAUGGUCGAGCCGAUGGGCAAUAUGGCCGUCGUCAAGGACCUCGUGACGGAUAUGGCGAUUCACUGGGACAAGGUGCUCGCCAUACAGCCAUGGUUGCAGCAUGACGGCCCGGUACCCGAAGCCGAGCACAUCGCGCCCAACGAGGAUAUGGUGCAUCUUGCGGGUGUAAUGAGUUGCAUCAUGUGCGGCGCAUGCGUGUCCGACUGCACAUCGCUUGAGGUGGAUAAGAACUUUGUGGGACCGGCGGCACUGGCGAAGUCAUAUCGUUUCGUCGCGGAUCCGCGCGAUGACGCCGAUACAGCGCGCCUAGGCAGUCUGAACGAGUAUGGUGGCAUCUGGGACUGCACGCGCUGUAUGCAGUGUAUUGAAGUCUGUCCUAAGGGCGUCGCGCCGAUGGAGCGCAUAAUGUCUCUGCGCGACAAGGCGAUAGAAGCAGGCUACACCAACACUUAUGGCGCGCGUCACGCUGAGGCUUUUGCGAAGUCCGUGGAACACAGCGGCUGGCUCGACGAGACAAGUCUUGUCGUCAACACAUUCGGCAAGACAAACUUUAAAGAGAUGAUUAAGCUCAUUCCCGUUGCCGCCCGGUCAUUCAAGGUCGGCAAGGUUCCGCCGCUGAUUCACAAGAAGCGGCCUGGUGCCGAGAAUGUACAGCGGAUCUUUCGAAAAAGUCGAAAACCGCGAGAAGGUUGA